AUGGAGCUCUGGAACUCCACCCUGGGAAGUGGCUUCAUCUUGGUGGGGAUUCUCAAGAACAGUGGGUCUCCUAAGCUGCUCUGGGUCACAAUUGCAGUCCUAUACAUGUUAGCUCUGACCAGCAAUGGCCUGCUGCUCCUGGUGAUCACAAUGGACACCCGCCUCCAUGUGCCCAUGUACCUCCUACUCAGCCAGCUUUCUCUCAUGGACUUGAUGUUUGCAUCUCUAGUUACUCCCAAAAUGCUAGUGGAUUAUCUGCGUGGGGAGAGCACCAUCUCCUUUGGGGGCUGUGCCUUUCAGAUGUUGGCCAUUCUCACUGUGGGAGGUGCAGAAGACCUGCUACUGACAUUCAUGGCCUAUGACAGAUACGUGGCCAUUUGUCAUCCUCUGAACUACAUGGUCCUCAUGAGGCCAAGGGUCUGCUGGCUCAUGGUGGCCACAUCUUGGAUGCUGGCUUUCCUGAACUCUGUGAUACACACCUCAUAUACUAUGCACUUUCCUUUCUGCAUGUCCCGAGAAAUCAGGCACCUGCUCUGUGAGAUCCCACCUCUGCUGAAGUUGGCCUGUGCAGAUACCUCCAGAUAUGAGCUCAUGGUGUAUGUGAUGGUUGUGCUCUUUCUUAUGCCUACCUUUGCUGCUAUCCUUGCCUCCUAUACGUUUGUCCUAGUUGCUGUGCUCCACAUGUCCUCGGGUGAGAGGAGGCAGAAAGCCCUCAUCACAUGCUCCUCACACCUGACUGUGGUAGGAAUGUACUAUGGAGCUGCCAUGUUCAUGUACAUCCAGCCCAGUUCCUACCAUAGUCCCCAACAGGACAAUGUCCUCUCUGUAUUUUAUAUUAUCAUUACUCCAGUACUGAACCCUCUUAUCUAUAGUCUGAGAAAUAAGGAGGUAAUGGGAGCCUUCAAGAGAGCAUUGGGGAGGAUUACUUCUGUCUGGAGAUGGUAG